AUGACUAGUGAGCUCCAAAAGCAAGAUGUUUCUUCGAUUACUUCACCCUCGGUCGCUGCAAAAGUACCAUCAGAUUCAACCACGGUCGCAUUACCUUCAACAUCUACUGUACCUCAGUCAGAGCCUUCAACAUCAGCAUCAGUAUUCACGAAUGAAACUGCAGCUCCUAGAAUCAAUUCACCAUCAAUUUUGACUGCGGAAGAAUCCGAGCAAGCAAAUACAAUACCAAGACAAUCAGCAGAGAUAGCUUCUACAUCUAAUGUUCUGGAUAUGACAACGGUAGAUUCUGAUUCCGGACACACACCAAAAAUAGUUUUACCACAAACAAUUCGACCAUUUCCAAAAGCUACUUCUAGAAAAGUCUUCGUCGUGGUAGACAGCCCGGAAAAACUAAAAUUUUAA